AUGGCAAGGAAACUGUCUCUCAAGCUUCAUCCAUCAACACAGAAGAUAUCUAUGGCCCUAACAUCUUUUAAGACUCAGAUCCUUGGUCACUGUUUUACGGAUAUUGUAAUUAAUCAACUUUCCUACUCAUCCAUUCGUUUGGGAGUCUUGAAAGAUCUCUGUAGUGACAUUAUCCUUGGGCAAGACUUCCAGAAGAAGCACAAGCGGGUCACCAUAGAGUUUGGCAGUACUAGACCAGAACUAGUAAUUCCUAGGCCUGCCUGUCCUCUUUCUUCGACAGCCUCCAUCGAGGAGCCUUCAUUGUUUGGAAACCUUCUCCCUGAAUGUAAGCCUAUCGCCAGUAGAUCUAGGCGCUUUAGCAAAGAAGACCAGGAGUUUAUCAAUCAGGAAGUUACAAAACUCCUGUCUGAAGGAAUUAUUGAGCCUACCAUAACACCAUGGAGAGCACAAAUUGUUGUUUCUAAAGAUCCCUCAAACCGGCACAAGAAGAGGCUCUGUAUUGAUUACUCUCAAACCAUCAAUCAAUACACAGAGCUUGAUGC